CAUGUUCUCAUGAGUGAUGUCUGAUGAGCUCACUGAAACCAAUUCCCAGACGCAGCCUCGCUCUCGCACUCACAGCAGCACGCCGUUCUCUCUCUUCUUCGCAUCUCCGCCGCCCGUCAUCGUCUUCUCUCCUUGUUCAUCGUGACUGUUGAGUCUUGAGGUCGCAUCGUUCUCUGGUUCUUCCUCUCUCAUCUCAGAUCUGCCGCUUGUUCCCCGCCGUUGUGUCUGCUUCUUCUUCUUCUUCAUGACGGCCGAGAGGCGACAAGAAAACCACAAAGGCCAGGCACAUCAGUCACUGCUUCGGAAAUAAAUCUCCGGCUGUCGUGAAAGCUCAAUAGAGAUGUGUACCACUGGGAAGCUCAAGUCUUCUAGUUCUGAAUUAGACCUUGAUCGACCCAACAUUGAAGAUUACCUCCCUUCUGGGUGCACUAUUCAACAAGAACCUCAUGGCAAACUCUGCCUGCGUGACUUGCUCAACAUUUCUCCUACUUUGUCUGAGGCAGCUGGUGCCAUUGUAGAUGAUUCGUUCACAAGAUGCUUCAAGUCAAAUCCUCCUGAACCUUGGAAUUGGAAUGUUUAUUUGUUCCCUUUGUGGUGUUGUGGAGUCUUAGUUCGAUAUUUGAUACUGUUCCCUGCAAGGGUUCUAGUGUUGACAAUAGGAUGGAUAAUAUUUCUUUCUUCCUUUAUUCCUGUGCAUCUCCUACUGAAGGGACAUGACAAGUUGAGGAGAAAGAUUGAGAGGUCAUUGGUGGAGAUGAUGUGCAGUUUUUUUGUUGCAUCAUGGACUGGAGUUGUCAAAUAUCAUGGGCCACGUCCUAGCAUGAGACCAAAGCAGGUUUUUGUGGCCAACCACACUUCCAUGAUUGAUUUCAUUAUUUUAGAACAGAUGACUGCAUUUGCUGUAAUUAUGCAGAAGCAUCCUGGAUGGGUUGGAUUAUUGCAGAGCACCAUUUUGGAGAGUGUAGGAUGUAUCUGGUUCAAUCGUUCUGAGGCAAAGGAUCGAGAAAUUGUUGCCAAGAAAUUGAGGGAGCAUGUCCAGGGCGCUGACAAUAAUCCUCUUCUGAUAUUUCCUGAAGGAACUUGUGUAAAUAAUCACUACACUGUCAUGUUCAAGAAGGGUGCAUUUGAACUUGGCUGCACAGUUUGCCCAGUUGCAAUAAAAUACAAUAAAAUAUUUGUGGAUGCUUUUUGGAAUAGUCGAAAGCAAUCAUUCACUAUGCAUCUGCUGCAGCUAAUGACAUCUUGGGCUGUUGUUUGUGAUGUUUGGUACUUGGAGCCACAGAAUCUGAAGCCAGGAGAAACAGCCAUUGAGUUUGCUGAGAGGGUGAGAGACAUAAUCUCUGUUCGAGCUGGCCUCAAAAAGGUUCCUUGGGAUGGAUAUCUAAAGUAUUCUCGUCCUAGCCCAAAGCUGAAGGAAGGGAAGCAACAAAACUUUGCUGACUCAGUUCUACGACGCCUGGAGGAAAAAUGAUGUGCAACUUUUUGUAUAUCCGUACACUUUUGUCCUUCAAUGCCCUUUUGUUUUCUCUAGACGCGGUCUUUAUAAUGACGUUUGAUUUAUAUAUAUGGAUUGAUAUGAAUAAGUUGCCUUAUAAACUUAUGGUGCUCGCUGUCUUUUGACUA